ACUGGUGAGUAUACAUUUCCUGUUUUUCGUCAGUUAUUCCUCACAGAAUGGAAUUAAGUCGCUUUUGCACAAUGAUGAAAUCGAGGAUGAGGGAAGUUUCCAAUUGCUUUUGCAAGAAGUAAUGGUUAAAAAUUUGCUCCCUUACAAAUGUGUCGUUAUAAUAAGUGACGAUAUUUACAGUGGUACUUUUACCAAGUCAUGGUACCGCAGAUUUGGCCCUUUUAUUACUUUUGUGGUGAUACGUGUGGAUGAGUACGAAGAUCUCCUUUCACCAUUUGAAGAAACCCAAUCUUGUCUCGAAACUGCAAAAAAUGAUGGUUGUCAAAUGUACCUAAUUCUGCUAUCAAAUGCCCUUCAAGUCUCACGUUUGCUACGUUUUGGUGAUAAGUACCGAGUCAUAAACACCCGUUCUCAGUUUGUUCUUCUCUACGAUAACCGUCUUUUUGACAAAACCCUUUUCUAUUUAUGGAAACGCAUAAUCAAUGUGAUCUUUAUCCGGCGAUACGGUGGCCAGAAAUCCGACACCAAGAAAAACAUGCCUUGGUAUGAAAUCACCACUGUGCCUUUCCCCACCCAAAUCACCUCAAUCCUCAUCCCUCGACGUCUCGACAUUUGGACCAAAUCGAAAUUUCGCAAAGGAAUUGAUUUAUUUCGUGACAAAACCUCCGAUUUGCGCAACCAAACUCUCAAAGUUGCGGCUUUUAGCCACAUUCCAGGUACCACAAAGAGUCUGCAAGAGAAGACUGAAAGAACGGUCAUUGGGAAUUUUUCAGGGACUGAAAUUGAAAUUUUGCAAACGGUUUCAGCCGCGAUGAACUUCCAUUGUGAGAUUUACGAACCGGUGGAUGUCGACGUGGAUUUAUGGGGUGGGAAACAAAGUUCGGGGAAGUACACAGGGUUAGUGGGGGAAAUGGUUGGUACUAAAGCUGAUAUAGCACUAGGGGAUUUGUACUACACCCCAUACAUACUUGAUUUAAUGGAUUUGAGCAUUCCAUAUAAUACUGAGUGUCUCACGUUUCUAACACCUGAAUCUCUGACUGAUAAUUCAUGGAAAACACUAAUUCUACCGUUCAAACCAACAAUGUGGGCUGCAGUUUUAGUUUGUCUUUUCAUCUGUGGUGCAGUUUUUCAUGCUUUGGCACGUUUCCAUGAAAGUAUAAAUCGGAAACCUAAGGUUUUAGAAAUUCACACAAAACGGAAGAAAAUCAUAACUUUAGCGAUUUAUCCCGAAAUUGAGAAACUUGAUUCUAACGAUAAAUACACGAAAAUGAGGGAACAAUACAUACCACCGAGAUUUGAAGGCCAGUCUAUAGGACUCUACCAAUUUAGUGAACCUAUUAAUAGUGUUCUCUAUACCUACAGUAUGUUACUUUUAGUUUCUUUACCCAAAUUGCCAACAGGUUGGUCACUUCGUAUGUUAACUGGGUGGUACUGGUUGUAUUGUUUGUUACUCGUGGUUGCUUAUAGGGCUAGCAUGACUGCUAUUUUAGCACGACCAACUCCCCGGGUCACAAUUGACACUCUCCAAGAAUUGGUAAACAGUCACUUGAAAUGCGGCGGUUGGGGCGACAUAAAUCGCCAGUUUUUCAAAUCAUCCCCCGACUCUAUCACCAAAUUAAUCGGCGAGAAUUUCGAACUAGUUAACGAUUCGAACGAAGCUGUCGAUAAAGUAGCACAAGGAGUGUUUGCAUUUUACGAAAACAGUUAUUUCCUCAAGGAAGCUUUAGUAAAAAGACAAUUACGAUUUCAAAUCGCGAGAACCACUCGAAAUCAGUCCGAAAGAGAAAUGCGCGAUAUUGCGAGAGAGGAUCGUAAUUUGCAUAUAAUGACGGACUGUGUUAUCAAAAUGCCCAUUUCGAUCGGUUUGCAGAAAAAUUCUCCGAUUAAACCACGAGUUGAUAAAUAUAUAAGACGAGUUUUGGAAGCUGGUUUAGUAAAAAAAUGGCUGCAAGAUGUCAUGGCGCCGAUUUUAAAUGCAGAAGUGCAAAGCACACAAGAAGAAAUGAAAGCGAUUAUGAAUAUGAAGAAGUUUUUUGGGGCUAUUGUUGCCCUAUUUAUCGGCUAUUUCAUCAGUGUUGUUGUAUUAAUCGUGGAAAAUGUCUAUUUCCAUUUUUUUGUUAAAAGAAAUCCUCAUUACAACAAAUACACAAGAAGCAUUCAACACGUGAAAAAAGCCGAGUAGUUAAAAAAACAACUUCAUUUACUGUAGUAA